AUGCGAACACACAAAAAGAAAAGAACCCAUAAUAACCGAAAUAAGGCAAACAAAAAUGUAUCAAAACGAUGGAAGAAAGGACACAGUUGCAGUAGUAACCCGCAAUAUAAUGAACACAGACAAAAGGCUGGCAUGGGUUAUACCACUUCAGGUAAAAGCACUUUGACAGCAGCUGCACUUGCAAAACUUAAUGCUAACAAUGAGCAGAUGUCUGUGGAGGGGUCAGAAUUUGAUGCAACCAGCAUUGGGGGUAACACAUUCAAAACAUUUGCUACAAAUUUCACAGAAUGUACAAAUGUUACAUUCAACCAGAUUCAUCGUCUUUGGACAUCGAAUUCAGCCCUACACAAAGAGAUGUUGGCGGUCCUUGCAGCCGUCACUGAAGUGAUUAAAGAGAAUGGAGGAAAGGAAUCCGAAACGGAAUAUUUUGCAGCAUUGAUAACUGCAUUGGAUACAAUGAAUACAGAAGAUAGUUUGACUGCUGCUACCUAUCUGCUAAGUCUUGUUAUCAGCAAAGUCCCAGAUGCUGUUCUUCAGAAAAGAUUUUCUGAUGUGUCUAAGAAAUUGCUGGAUUUAUUGGUAAAAAACGCAAAUAGUGAGUCAACCUCAUUAAUAAAAUCUCUGUUGCGAUGUCUAGCAGCAUUGUUAAGUGCACAAGAUAUUUCCAUCUGGGAAGCCUCAUCUACAAAGCAAAUCUACCUUGGUAUUCUGGCAUUUAUUACUCACAACAAACCAAAGGUACGAAAAACAUCACAUGAAAGUGUAGAGUUGAUUCUGAAAUCAAGUGCUCUGAUGAAAUCUGAAAAGGCUCCUUCUUGCCAUCCAAUGGCAUCUUUCACAGCCAAGCACUGCAUCCAAAGAAUUGAGGAAAAUGGAGCUGGAACUGAUGCCAUUGGUACCCUCCAUGUGUUAGCCCUUGUCAAAAAAAUUUUUGGUGUUCUUCAUCAGAAUGACAUCCAAGCCAUGUGUGAAACUAUUCUCAAGAUCAUGACCCUGGCAACCCCUAUGGUUGUGGCUUGUUGCAUGCAAGCAUUGUAUGGUUUGGUGAGCACUUCACCUAAAUUGUCAAAUCUGGGAACAAAGUUGAAUGCCCAGAUUAUUACAGCUUUGUAUGACUACCAGCCUUUGGAGACUGACAUUCAGCCCACACGUGCUUGGUUGAGUGUCAUGGAAAAAUCUGUGAUCAGUUUGUGCAGACAAGAUAUAGAUCUUGGUGAACACCAUCUACCAAAAAUAUUUACAUUAACAAUGAAGUAUCUCAUGACUGAACAUACUCAGUUACAUCAGGCAGCAGCCAACUGCAUGAAGGUUCUGUUGCAAGAAUGUGUGGCUCAUAUACAGGAAGAAAAAUUAACUUCAGCUGCAAAUGGUAGUUGUGUCCAACAAAUAGUCAAGACCCUAUCCAGUGGUCUUACAUAUCAGUAUCAUGCCGCUUGGAAAUCUGUCAUCUCCGUUUUGGCUGUAAUGUUACAGGUGAUUGGAAAACCUUGUCAACAACUUAUGAAACCUGCUCUGACAUUCCUUGCUGACAUGCGUGAAUCUCAAAAUUUCACUUUUAAUGCUGAAGUAGAGAGUGCCAUUGGUACUGCUAUCCAGUCAAUGGGCCCCAGAAAUGUGCUGUCUGUUAUCCCUCUGAAAAUUACAGGAGAUGGCACCGAUCUUGACUUCCCUCGCAGUUGGUUGAUGCCUGUGUUGGAAAAGCAUAUUUCCAAUACAGAACUUGGCUUCUUUGUAAAUUACUUUUUGCCCCUGGCAAAAAAACUGGACGAAAAAAGUGCUCAGUUCAAGGCAGAAGAUAAUCUGGUUGCUGCCAAGUCUUAUGAAGCUGUUGUCCUUCAAAUCUGGUCUCUUCUUCCCAGUUUCUGUGACCAACCUACAGAUGUGACAGUGUCAUUUAAAGCUAUCGCUCGUACUUUGGGUAUUACUCUGACAGAGAAACCAUCUUUGAGAAAUUCCAUCCUUUCAGCAUUGCGUAAAAUCAUCUACACAAAUUUGGACAAAGAUGAUGAUAAUGUGAAGGAGAUAGGUCGUUUUGCCAAGAACUUUCUGCCAAUUUUCUUCAAUUUGCUUAUUGAUUACGCAAUAAAUGCCAAUGAAAAUCCCCUGCAAGUAACUGUCUUUGAAACAAUCAAAGCAUACGUACAGAUUGCUGAUAAGAAACUCCUUGAAGACUAUACAGAGACGAGUUUGAAGCGAUUUAAUGACAGUGAAUGCACCAAAACCAAAAAGGCUGUUCUUCUUGAUCUGUGUAUUUGUACAGUGCACGCUGCCACUGUCAGUCAAGUAAAGGAGUUGUUUAAAUUAGCCACUGACAAUUUCCAGAACACUGACCACACUCUUCAAAAGAAAAGUUACCGUAUCCUGGAAAUGAUUUGCGGAUCUGACUCUGAAGCUUGUUCAGAGUUUGUCAAUCAAGAAGUGUUGCUGAUCCAACAGACAUUACUCAACAGUCUCUCGUCGUCCAGUCCUUCUUCCAAAGCUCCACGGUUACGAUGUCUGAUUCAUAUUGUUAAGAAAUUGAAAAGCACAGAAACAGAGUUUUUGAAAGUUACCAUUCCUGAGGCAAUUCUGUGCACACGUGAUGUCGGAAUAAAAGCAAGGCAAGCUGCCUAUACUCUUCUUGUUGAAAUUGGAAAGACUUUCAUCAGAUUUGAGAAUUCUGAUGAAGAUCAUGAAGAUGCUAUUACUGAGUAUUUCAAGUUGAUAUUUGAAGGACUUGCUUUGUCACCGACGGUUAUCAGUGCUACACUAUUGGCCAUGACUCGCAUCAUGUAUGAAUUUAAAGACAUCAUCAACCUGUCAUUGUUGGACUCUCUUCUUGAACAUUGCUGUGUUUUGCUGGUCAGUAAGUCCCGAGAAAUUGUGAAAUCAGCCCUCAGUUUUCUGCAGGUUUUGCUUUCUUCUUUUCCUGACUACCAGUUGGGUUGUCAUCUUGAUAGAUUGAUUCUCACACUAACAGCCAUGAAGGAAGAUGCCCGACAUCACUUCAGGUUUAGAACAAAGAUGAUUUAUGCCAGGCUGAUCAGAAAGUUUGGGUACCAGAUUAUUUACAACAAAUGUCCUGACAAUGUGAAGAAAGUUCUGGCUAACAUUCAAAAAGCAGAAAAGAGAAAGAAACGUAAAAAGUCCAAGAGCCAUGAUGAUGAUGAUGAUGAGGAAGUUGAUGAAGUGGAGUUAUCUGCUCCUGUUGAAAGUGUGGAGGAUGUGCUUAAAACAAUUGAUCCUGAUUUGGAAGAUGAUGAUGACAGUAAAGAACAGAAGAAGAAAGCCAGAAACAAAAAAUCCAAACCUGGUGGUCAAGCUUGGCUGCAGGAGAAUACAUCUGAAAACAUCACUGACUUCAUGGAUAUCAGUGCUAGUCGCAGUGUUACAACCACAAAACCAUCUAAAGCCUCAAAUAAGACCAGCAAAGAAUCAACAUUUAAAACUUCUUCAGAUGGAAGGCUUCUCAUUUCAAAUGAUGAUGAAAAGGAUGAAAAGGAAUCUUCUGAAGAUGAUGAUGAUGACCUUGAUGAAGUACUGCAAUCCAUUGGGGCUAAAAUGAAGUCUGAUCAGAGCAGGAAGCGCAAGAGACAAGCAAGCUUUCAAGAAGAAUGUGAUGCACCAAAAUAUAUUGCUGGAGGACAAGGAAUUCAUCGGCCAAUAAAGAAACCUUCUAAGUCACAAAGCUUUGGCACAGAAUACAAAUCGAAAAAGGCAGGUGGUGAUAUAAAACAAAAAGGAAAACCUGAUCCCUAUGCUUAUAUACAGCUCAAUUACCAGGACUUAAAUAAGCGAAAACGUGCCAAACUGAAGGGAAAAUUCAAUGGUCUAGUAAAGAGUGCCAGAAAAGGAGCCCAACAAGGGUCAAAAGCCAUGAAAUUCAAUCGAAAAACAAAACGGUGA